AUGGCCUAUUGCUGUGACAUCGAUGAGUGCACGUCCGGAAAGGACUCCUGCGAUCCUAACGCACAAUGUGACAACACGGAAGGAGGUUAUGAGUGUGAAUGCAAUGACGGAUUUGUAGGCAAUGGAAAGUCCUGCACUGACAUCGAUGAGUGCACGUCCGGAAAGGACUCCUGCGAUCCUAACGCACAGUGUGACAACACGGAAGGAGGUUAUGAGUGUGAAUGCAAUGACGGAUUUGUAGGCAAUGGAAAGUCCUGCACUGCGAUCACUUGUGAUAAGCCUGAAGAAGGAACUAAUACAGAAGCAGUGCCUAGUGGACCAAGGGAUCGUGACGAGGUUUUUACCUAUUCCUGCAUACCCGGCAACAUCCUACUCUCUGGUGAACUUGAGACCGUCUGUACAGUAAACGUCGGCGCAAGCACUGGACAGUGGUCUAAUGAUGCACCCACUUGCACAGUGAUCACUUGUGAUAAUCCUAGAGAAGGAACUAAUACACUAGAAGUGCCUAUUAGUGGACCAUGGUACCUUUACAGUACUUAUCCCUAUACCUGCAAACCCGGAUACACCGCCUCUCUUGAUGAUCUGGCGGUCGUGUGUGUUGAAGACAAAACAGGAAGCGCUGGAAAGUGGUCUAAAGAUCCACCCACUUGCGAAGACAUCGAUGAGUGCACGUCCGGAAAGGACUCCUGCGAUCCUAACGCACAGUGUGACAACACGGAAGGAGGUUAUGAGUGUGAAUGCAAUGACGGAUUUGUAGGCAAUGGAAAGUCCUGCACUGCGAUCACUUGUGAUAAGCCUGAAGAAGGAACUAAUACAGAAGCAGUGCCUAGUGGACCAAGGGAUCGUGACGAGGUUUUUACCUAUUCCUGCAUACCCGGCAACAUCCUACUCUCUGGUGAACUUGAGACCGUCUGUACAGUAAACGUCGGCGCAAGCACUGGACAGUGGUCUAAUGAUGCACCCACUUGCACAGUGAUCACUUGUGAUAAUCCUAGAGAAGGAACUAAUACACUAGAAGUGCCUAUUAGUGGACCAUGGUACCUUUACAGUACUUAUCCCUAUACCUGCAAACCCGGAUACACCGCCUCUCUUGAUGAUCUGGCGGUCGUGUGUGUUGAAGACAAAACAGGAAGCGCUGGAAAGUGGUCUAAAGAUCCACCCACUUGCGAAGCGGAAAGAAGUUCAACCCAAGGAACUCCCCUCAGAUGUCCAAGAGGCUUUGAACUUUUUGAAGGGAAAUAUUGCUUCCUCAUAAUAAGCAAGGCCGACAUAUGGGAAGUACAGGCACGGAAAUGCAAGGCCAAGAAGGGACAACUUGCAAUACCUCGCUCCGAAGACAAAGCCGAAGUUCUACAAAGAUAUCACACAGAGAACCUCAGAAACGACGUGUGGAUUGGACCCCAAUGUCUUGUUGUCAGCAAUGUCUUUACUGACUUUGAGUUAAACAGGCUUUCCUUCACUUACUUUAAGAACAAGAAGCCAGAACGAGCAAGUGGCAAAGGACAAGGACCCGACUGUGUGUCUGUAAGUGCGCAGAACGGCAAAUGGACCAACGAAUGUUGUUACACCCGCCAUCCUGCUAUUUGUGAAAUUGGGCCCAUCGGCGAUCCCGAGUGCGAUGAUGUUAGCGGGUACAUCUUCUUCCAAGAUCGUUGCCUGAGGUUUAUAACCAAUCCGGAUUCCUUUGAAGCCCAAUGCCAUGAAUGCAGAAGGCUCAAAGGUCGCCUAGCCCUAUCUCUGAACGAAGCACAAAAUGAAGCUCUGCUUGCAUUCUACAAAUCUGAAUCGCCAGCCAACGGCAAGCCAGCAUGGUUUAACCUACACAAUCUCAUCUCGAGUAGUAACUAUCAAACCACUGAACUUCUCACGUCGACUUUCUCUAAACUUCCUGGCAGAUCUUCAGACAGUGAUCGAUGUGUGAACAUAGGGUCUGGCGGAUGGGGAAAAGAGUGUUGCCACGAUAAACUUCCUGCAGUAUGUGAACUGAAUCGAUGCCCACAACAUUACAUACAGAGCGGUGAUAUCUGUGUCCGUCUACUCCAGACACCCGAUACCUGGGAAGCCAGUGAGAAGAAAUGCCGCAAGGACGGGGCAAGCUUAGUGAUAGAUGGAGACGACCAACUCGAAGAACUUCUUGGCAGUAAGUUUUUGAGCGCAGGUUCCUGGAUUGGCUGUCAUGACCAGGUCGAGGAAGAGAACAUCCAAACACCAUUCCUAAAGGAACUCGGCGUUGAGAUCAACAGAAAUAACGCAGAGAGAGACUGCUGCGUUCUGAAUUCCGAUGGAGUCUCCAUGGAAUGCUGCUACGAGAAGCUACGUGCUAUAUGCUCUUUGCCAUUAAAGAAGUAGC